UUUAUAAAGAGCUAUCAUCUCUUUCAAUUUUGUACAUCAAUCCAUCUCAAACCCUCACCAACAAUGUCUUCUUCUCCAUCCACCUUCCUCUUCAUCUUCUUCCUAUUCUUCACCAUUUCAUUUGCAGAGCUCUGCCAUCCAAAUGACAAGAAAGCCCUUCUCAACAUCAAAAAAGCCUUCAACAAUCCCUACAUUCUCACCUCAUGGAAGCCUGAAGAAGAUUGUUGCACUUGGUACUGCGUCGAAUGUGAUCGGAAGUCCCACCGGAUCGUGUCUCUCACCAUCUUCGCCGACACGAGGCUCUCGGGUCAAAUCCCACCGUUCGUCGGCGACCUCCCGUACCUCGAAAACCUCAUGUUCCACAAGCUUCCAAAUCUCACUGGCCCCAUCCAACCCGCCAUUGCCAAACUCCAUAACCUAAAAUACCUUGACCUAAGUUGGAACAGUCUAACUGGUUCAAUCCCAAACUUCCUCAGCUCCCUCACCAAUCUCGAUCUUCUCGACCUCUCUUUCAACCGACUCACCGGCUCCAUCCCGAGCUCCCUCGCCAACCUCCAACGCCUCGGCACUCUCCAUUUAGACCGAAACAAAUUAACCGGACCGAUCCCCGAUUCAUUCGGAAACUUCAAGGGAAAAAUCCCUUAUCUUUAUCUUUCACACAACCAACUCUCUGGGAAAAUUCCAACUUCCUUGGAGAGAGUGGAUUUCAAUGUGAUUGAUUUGUCGAGGAACAGGCUCGAGGGCGAUGGAUCGGUGAUAUUCGGAGGGAAGAAGACGACGGAGAUCGUCGACUUGUCGAGGAACUUGUUGGAGUUCGACAUGUCGAAGGUCGUACUUCCUCGGAGCUUGACUUGGUUGGAUCUUAACCAUAAUAAGAUCUUCGGGGAAAUUCCUGUGAUGGCAGUUAACUUGCAGUUGCAGCUGCUGAAUGUUAGUUACAACAAGCUUUGUGGUCGGAUUCCGGUCGGAGGGAAGUUGCAGAGCUUCGAUGUCUACUCCUAUUCUAAUAACAAGUGCUUGUGUGGAAAGCCACUUGGUAAAUGCAAAUGAUACGUUCCAAAUCCCUCUAAAACAUUAUCUUUCGAGUUUGUUUAAGUUCGAGUUUCUAAAAUUUGGAUUUGAAAAGCGUUUUUUUUUAUCUCAACUAGUUAUGUUCGUGUUCGUGUUCGUGUUCAUCUUCUGUUUUGUAAGGAUAAUGAAAAAAAAUGCAUUGGUGUAACUCAUGUCAUCUUGAUUUCGGAGAUAUGCAAGUUAAAUUACGAUUUCUGUGCUAAUUGAUAGAAACAACGAAUCU